AUGGCAAUAUUUUCAACACAUGAUGGUGGUGACAAUCAAGGAGGAGGAGGAGAAGAUGCUGCUGGAAACAACGCACCAGCAAGGUCAAAUGAUGCUGAAGAAGAAUUGAAUCGGCUGAUCCUCAUGUUUAUUCUGUGUUUGGAAAAGGAAAAAGAAGAAAGAGAAGGAGAAGGAGACGCAGACGCAGACGAAGACGAAGAAGAUGAAGCAAAUCUGCUGGGCAACAAUACCGGGGCGAAAAUGCGAAUGGUGGGGUUGAUGCGAGGAGUCAAGGCAUUUGCACAGCAGUUUCAGCAAACAAUUAGAGGAGCAAGUGGAGAUAAUGCCAUAAAAAACCCCGAUGCCUCGCUCGUGAUCAAGGCAACUACGGGCUCCUUCUUGGUUCUCGAGUUGGAGAAAAAUUAUCAUCUCGUAUGCUGCAUAUCAUCAACAGAUGAGAUUGUGAUGAAGCAAUUGGAGAGUUUGAUACGACAAAGAUACUCAGCAUUUAGCUUGCUGAACAAGUCCAUUCCGGUCUUGACGAAAGAUAUUGGUGCUCAAGCCGUGGGGGACACCCUUGGCAAAUUCUGGCUCCACUUUAUGGCGUCGUACAACCGCGCCAACGUCAAGGUAGAAGGGAUGAAAUGGCCCAAUUAUUUAAAUCCAGGCGGAGCUUUAACACUUUUGGCAGAAAGCGGGAACAUCAAACUCUUGCACAAGAAAUCCUCUUUUGGCCUACAGCCAAGACUUCAAGAUGAGUUUUUGAAAAUGUUGAAGAAUGAAAACACCGUGCCACAGGGAAUAAUAGUCAACUGCAUUGACAGGUCAAAUUCGAAACUGCUAGGCUUGAUAUUUGCACGCUUAGUGACAGAUUGCAAACUCAGGGAAGAGUCGCUUAUUGGUUUGUCUAAUUACAUCGAGGAGGAAGUCAUGAGCGGCGGAAGCACGGAUCCCAGAGACGAGAGUGCAUCUUUGCACGAGUCACCAUCGUCACCAUUGUUAGCACCACCACCACCACCACCGUCGUCAGCAUUACCGCAGCCUGGCCAAGCGCAGGACUUGUCUCUUUAUAAUCCGCUCAGAUACACCGACACUUUGAUGAGUCCCUUGUACUCGGUAUCCAACAUAAUGAGAUUGAAAAAUGUAUAUGAUCCUUCAAACCUGGCACCGGAGAGAGAGCUGGAAGUGAACGGGAACCACGUGCAGGAACAACAAGAAGCAGGUGGAAGGUGGUUUUCAAUUCCUGCCGUGUUUAGCAACAAGCUUGCGUCGCAACCACAGGGCCAACUUCAACACGGACCGAGUGAAGUUAAUGGGCUUCUCAACAACGUUGAUGCAAACACGGAUGCAACCGAAGAAGGCCAUGACGAAGCGCAGCAUGACGUUUCAGAAGAAGAGGAAGCGGAGGAGCCCGCCAGUUCCGGGAUCUUUAUUUUUGGAAAUAGGGCCAAUGAUACUACGACGAAACGCAAGAUUAUUUAUUUGCCUUUGCAGGAGUCAGAAGAAGAAGAAAAAGAGCAAGGAGAGGCAUUUUGCGAAUGUGAACUUAUCAGCUAUUCGCACGACGGCAUCGUGGUGACUUUGAUUUAUCAAACACUGCAAACUGCACCUGAAACUGAAACUGGAGAGUUUUAUGACCAGUUGGCAGAGUCGAUAUUGGAACCCUUGAUAGAAGAGAUCCAUGGUGAAGUCAACAACGGCAGUGUAUUUAGCAGGAAUCUCGCCAGCAGCAUGGGCUCAUUACGAACAUUGAACAUACCGUAUGAACUGGUGUCAAGAGUCGAUAACGAUUUCUUCUACGCCAUCUAUGAUCUCCGUGACAACUCGUAUCGAUCGUCACUACCGCAAUUGCCACUCGUGAAGCCCAACAAUGAAUCAAUCUACCACAUUCACGACCAGUUGGUCAAGAUCCUAACUCCCGUUUUCAAGCUGAGAAAUGAGGCGAGUGCCGUUAAUGAAUAUUUCCACAAGUUCACCACCAGUUACAAGAACGACUGGAUGGUUUACUAUAUCAAGUACGGGCACAAACUAAUCCUAGUCAUAAAAAAUAAAAGCAAAAAUAAAAAUAGCAGCAUCAAGAACAAGAACAAGGCAUUGAACGGCACAAGUGGUGCUGAACUCAACAUCGACAAGGGCUUAUUGGAUCAGAUGACUGGAGCAUUUUCAGAGUAUGCAAAUUUGGGGUUUUUGGAUAACUUGGGUGACGAUGUAAAGUAUUGGCUAGGUUUGGUGGCCGAGGAUGCAGAAACUUGA